CAACUUCAUUCUACCGAGAUUUAGCAAUUUUUUGCCGGAGCUGUGCCGUUCCAAUCUGAAAUACACAUUUCGGAGUCGCAAACACGAGCGAUAAAAAUUGGUAGAUGAUCCCUGGCUUAAAAUAUCGGGUCACGAGAUUACAGGUGACGGGGAGAAUCUGCGAUUAUUUUGGACCAAUAUCGAAUUUGUAAUGGAAGUAACGGUUUUAGAAAGUCUACGAUUGGUAAAGAAGAAAUCUGCGUUGCCGCGAAGCGGACUGUACUCAUGCGUGUUCAGGUGUGGGUUGGCGUACAUGUGUACGUACCUGUGUGCACGUGAACUUCCGUAGUAAAUUCUUUCACUCUCUCUUGGUCUCGACAAGGCCGGGUCUUCCAACCGUUAAAGCAUUGGUCACUGUCCGAAUAGCACAGUGGCCUGUUUUCGUUAUGGCGCGUAUCUAAAAAAAAAUCGGAUUUUUAGGACGAAAAUACGAGUUCCCCCUCCGGUGGACGGAACGGUGCGACAGAAUUUUAAACGAACGUUUGCUUUAUAUGUCCUCACAGGGCUAUGGGGGCCUUCGCGGCGGUCACCGUGAUUUUUCUCCUUCUACAUGGGCAAACUCUGGCACAGAUCAAUUUUGAAGGGAACAUCUCAACGGAAACUGACUAUCAGGCAGAAGAAUCUCGUCGAACGGGAAAAAAUUUACCCGGACCGUCCAAUACGUUCCACCAAUACCAAGCUUUUAGUACGGAUUCUCUAGACGGUAAUAGUGGCUUGACCGCUGACCACGAGCGACCUCAAAAACUGUACCCAGUGUACGCAAGAAAUCCAUCCACUGCCGUCGAUUCGAACGAUCAACAAAAUCUAUAUCCUGCAAUCGCUGCAUCGACUUCCACGUUCGGGAACUCGAGGAAAUACGGAGAACAAAAUGUAUUUUGGCCUACUCUCGUUCAAGAAGCUGAAAAGAGUCAGCCGAUGCAUAAGAACGUACAGCCCUUGGUUCUGGACCAAACGCAAAUGACCGGCAAUCAUCAAGGUCUUCGGUUACUUCGGACUGGUCAAGCCUCUUACAGCGAUCAAAGACAAUCCUUAGUUCACGACCCGAUUAACGAUUAUCGCGUCGGUCCUAUCCAGGAGUCGGAGCAAAAUCAACAUAACUUUGUACAGCAUCCCGAUCAAAAUCAAAUUCCCUACUAUGCCGAAAACAAGCCAGGAGUCCAUGCUCAAACUUACAAGCGGCACAACUUUUUGCAGGAGGCUGAUAGAAGCCAGAUCCAUUAUUACGGCGGAAAUCAGCCGUUUGUCUAUAACGUGGGUCAAGUUCAGCAGGACAGACCAGUCGAAACCGAAGUUGCCCUGAGCAGCUUUCUCAACUCCAAGACCCCCGUAGAGUCCCAAGCUGCUCUGGAAAGGUACUUAAAGAGCAGACAGCAAGUGAAUCCGGAAGAAAAUCAUUUAGGGGCAGCGCCUUCCAGCGAGUUCCUCAAGGUGGAACCGGCUUCGGCAGGGAUGUCUUUGCAUCAAAGAGCCAAUGUUAGAUCUGUACCUGGACCACUCAUGGGACCCCCUUAUCCCAUGGCCCCGAUGCGCCCGAAUUUUCCUCCAAUAGGUCCAGAAGCUUUUCGUUUUGGAAUGAAACGACCAAUGAGGAGGCUUCGAGGAUCGGUUCCUGGAGACAGAGCUAGAAUCGGACCACCCCCGGGUCCCUACAGAGGCUUAGGACGUAUUCAUCAGAACUACGUAGGGAAAGCACCGGCUUAUGACGACGCCAGUGCUUGGUUUCCGGAAUCGGAUCAUCGCCCUCCUACCAAAGACGUUUAUUACUCGCAGCUUUAUGCCCAGUCGUAUGACCCGCACUACUACAAUUAUAUCGCCAAGACUGGAAAGAUCAAGCCACACCUUUACGGGAAAUUUAAUAAAAACGACGAUAUUUGGACCGAGCUUUUUCGAGGUUUUAAAAAGCACGGCCUGAAGAAUAUCAUGACUCCCAGUUUUUUACUGGGAAUGACCAUCCCUGCACUGACGCUGAUGUUCUCGCUACUCGUGCAAAAAAGAUCCUUGGGACGGUCUGGGGAUUUUGACAACGCCGAGUAUAUUCAAGAACACAUGGAACGUUUGCAGAGGGCUCUGAUCAAGUAUAACAAUGUAGAAGGUAACGAAGAGGUAAACGAGGAGGAACGUAAACACAAAAAUCAGGAACGAGACGAAGCGGAUGUAGAACACGAAGAAAGGAGGUAUCAGGAAAAUCCCGAUGAAAAAUCGACGCCAAAAGACGGAGCGUUAAUACGUUCCGUUUAA